AUGGUGAUGGACACACGCUCAUCGAGCAGGCAGAGCGGUACGACGGUACGUACCUCCUGUUAUCGCCCUUUCCGCCUGCCCCUCCCUCGACAUCCACGCCUCGAACCCCCACGCAUUCGUCUUCUCAGCCCCCUGGCUCCUCCUCGCAUGUGUGGACCGACUACUCCUCCCAUCCGCCCGCCCCUCCCUCGACUUGCGUACCCUCGACUGUUCGCACUCCCGCCCUCGAUGCCACGCACUCCCGCCACCCAGUGCGCUCGACCGCCACCUGUUGCACCACGACAAGAGGCCCAAAUUCGCCUCUCGCGCGCUCCCACACCUCCGCGCUCAUACCCUUCGCCUUCCCAGUCCUCCACCACGCUUAGCCCUGUGGACCAUCCCACUUCUCCAUCCACCCACGACUCGCUUGAAACAAUGCCGGAUCAGCUCAAUGUCGACACUUGGUUGCAGGACAAAGCAGGACGAGAAUUGGCGGCGCGCUGUCCAGGGCGCCCAGUCGCUCUACGCGGCGUAAAAGUGCCGGUGGACAAGUCAUGUUGCAGAAACGGCCGCGUGCUGUCUGCGGCAGCCAGGCUCCCCACAGCCCAAAUUCGCCGAAGGUGA